AUGGCCCAGAGAAGCGCCUUCCCCGCCGCCGCGCUCCGGCUCUGGACCCUCCUGCCGUGCCUGCUCGUGCUGCGGGCGGAUGCCGGGCAGCCGCGGGAGGAGAGCCUGUACCUGUGGAUCGAUGCCCACCAGGCGAGAGUGCUCAUAGGAUUUGAAGAAGAUAUCCUGAUUGUUUCAGAGGGGAAAAUGGCCCCCUUUACACAUGAUUUCAGAAAAGCACAACAGAGAAUGCCGGCUAUUCCUGUCAAUAUACAUUCCAUGAAUUUUACCUGGCAAGCUGCAGGGCAGGCAGAAUACUUCUAUGAAUUCCUGUCCUUGCGCUCCCUGGAUAAAGGCAUCAUGGCAGAUCCAACUGUCAAUGUCCCUCUGCUGGGAACAGUGCCGCACAAGGCAUCAGUUGUUCAAGUUGGUUUCCCAUGUCUUGGAAAACAAGAUGGUGUGGCAGCGUUUGAAGUGAAUGUGAUUGUAAUGAAUUCUGAAGGCAACACCAUCCUGCAGACACCUCAAAAUGCUAUCUUCUUCAAAACAUGUCAACAAGCUGAGUGCCCGGGAGGCUGCCGAAAUGGAGGCUUCUGUAAUGAGAGACGCAUCUGCGAGUGUCCCGCUGGGUUCUACGGACCUCACUGCGAGAAAGCCCUUUGCACACCACGAUGUAUGAAUGGUGGACUUUGCAUUACUCCGGGUUUCUGCAUCUGCCCACCUGGAUUCUAUGGAGUCAAUUGUGAUAAAGCAAACUGCUCAACCACCUGCUUUAAUGGAGGGACCUGUUUCUACCCUGGAAAAUGUAUUUGCCCUCCAGGACUAGAGGGGGAGCAGUGUGAAAUAAGCAAAUGCCCACAACCCUGCAGAAAUGGAGGUAAAUGCAUUGGUAAGAGCAAAUGUAAGUGCUCCAAAGGUUACCAAGGAGACCUCUGCUCAAAGCCCGUCUGCGAGCCUGGCUGUGGUGCACACGGAACCUGCCAUGAACCCAACAAAUGCCAAUGUCAAGAAGGCUGGCACGGAAGACGCUGCAACAAAAGGUACGGAGCCAGCCUCAUGCAUGCCCUGAGGCCAGCAGGCGCCCGACUCGGGCAGCACACGCCUUCACUUAAAAAGGCCGAGGAGCGGCAGGAUCCACCUGAAUCCAAUUACAUCUGGUGA